AUGGGCUACUCCACCAUCAGCUUGGCUUCUGUCCGUGGCCUUGACACCUGUGUCUGGCUGGACCUCUGUCCGUGCCCUCGACACCCGUUCCCGGCUGGGCCUCUGUCUGUGAUCUCUACACCUGUGCCCGGCUGGGCCUUUGUCUGUGCCUUCGACUCCCGUGCCCGGCACCUCCACACCUGUGCCCGGCUGGGCCUUUGUCUGUGCCUUCGNGUGCCCGGCUGGGCCUUUGUCUGUGCCUUCGACUCCCGUGCCCGGCACCUCCACACCUAUUAUGUACCAUGGUCUGUARCCUUGCGGGACAGCUCUGUUCUCAAGUCUGUGGUUGUGGAUCUAGGGCUUCUGGCUCUUUUAACUGUCCAGCACAACCUAUUGGCCUGGGCUACUGUCAAGCAGGCCUGUCAGUCUGUCCUGGGGGUACUGAACCGGGCCAUGUACUGCUYCACCGCUUCUCUGGCUCUCCAGAUAUUGAWGCAUUACUGGCAGCCUGUGACGGAGGCUCCCUGUCUGKGGUCAGUAAAUAAUGCCCCAUGUAAUACCUGGUUCACCCUGCUCUGUUUCACCCUGCACUUCCUCUGCUGGUCCAUCAUCUUGUUUAUUAUGAGUGCCUUGGUUUGGGAGACCUUCUGGCUCUCAAGUUCCCUCAGGCUUAGCGUCUCUUCUUCCACCUGCGUCACCUGUGGCUCCUCCCUGCCCCUGGACAGGCUGCUGCUGGGGGGGAGUCUGUCGGCCAACCUGGCCCUGGCUCACUCCCUAGAUACGCAGGACUGUGCCCACUUCGGUGUCCAGCUGCACAGAAAACUGCGGUUAUUCUCUCUGCCACACGGGGGCGCUGCUCAGGAGAAUAACAACCACAAGCAAGAGUGA